AGUUCUAACGGCCCGGUGAAGAAGUCUAUGCGAGAGAAGGCCGUGGAACGCAGGAACAUUAAUAAAGAGCACAACAGUAACUUUAAAGCGGGAUACAUUCCCAUCGAUGAAGACCGUCUUCAUAAGACAGGCUUACGUGGCAGGAAAGGCAACUUAGCCAUUUGUGUGAUUGUUCUUCUUUUCAUUUUGGCUGUCAUCAAUCUUAUUAUUACACUGGUUAUCUGGGCAGUGAUUCGAAUCGGUCCCAAUGGCUGUGACAGUAUGGAGUUCCACGAGAGUGGCUUGUUGCGGUUUAAGCAAGUUUCUGACAUGGGCGUUAUACAUCCGUUAUACAAAAGCACUGUAGGAGGCAGACGUAAUGAAGAUUUGGUGAUCACUGGAAAUAAUCAGCCCAUUGUAUUUCAGCAAGGAACGACCAAGCUUAGUGUGGAAAAAGACAAAACUUCUAUUACCAGCGAUAUUGGCAUGGAGUUUGUUGACCCACGGACACAAAAUACCUUGUUCAGCACAGACUACGAAACUCAUGAGUUUCAUCUUCCAAAUGGAGUUAAAAUCUUGAACGUACAAAAGGCCUCUACAGAGAGGAUUACCAGCAAUGCAACCAGUGAUCUAAAUAUAAAGGUUGAUGGCCGUGCUAUUGUCCGUGGAAACGAAGGUGUUUUUAUCACAGGCAAGACCAUUGAGUUUCGGAUGGGGGGUAACAUGGAACUUAAAGCAGAAAACAGUAUUAUCCUGAACGGAACGGUGAUGGUCAGCCCAUCGCGACUGCCAAGUUCUUCUUACGGGGAACAGUUUAAUAACGGCAACUGGCUGCGUUUCAAGCUCUGUAUGUGUGCGGAUGGGACACUGUUCAAGGUUCAGGUCACAGGUUAUAACAUGGGUUGUCAGACUUCUGUCAAUCCGUGUGGAGCCACGCACUGAAACACAGACCACUACCCAGGAGAGUUCUCUUUUGUGUUUACAUAUAUUUGUAUGAAAUAGUUGCAUGCCUUCAAGGAUUUCUGUUUCUACAGCAGUUUGUACUAACAUUUAUUACAUAAUAUUUUUAAGCAAAGGCUGUUACGUUCAGCAGUAUUAUGUCAUCAUCCUGUUAGCCAUAAUAGUGGCUCUGAUUUAGUAAGCUUUCAGUCUGCCUGCAUAGUGAAGUACCUUCCUGAAUUGGGAUCAGUGGAAUCCAUUUAAAGAAUGUGA